AUGUCCGCCAACCUCAGCCCAGAAGAGCGCAGCAACAUGGCUAAUGGCCAUAAGGCUAACCUCUCGAACCCAAACACCUCCGAAGCGUCCAAGCAAGCCAGCCGACAGGCGUUGAAGGAGCUGGGUGGAGAAGACGCAUUCUACUCCGAGGACAAGCAGGGCGACGAUGCUCCUACCGCGGGCAUGGGGAACGAGGGCAACGUGAUCGGGGGACACAAGGCCAACUUGAGCAACCCAAACACUUCGGAAGAGGCGAAGCAACAUAGUAAGGAGGUUCUUAAGGAGCAUGGUGCUGCUUAA